AUGAAGCAACUAAGAGCUGGUAAAGGCUUUUUGAAGACUUGGAGAAAAAGGCUUGGAGGGGAUGUAAGUAAAUUUAUAUUUACGAGCCGUUUGCCUAUGAAUUUAUCUAACUUUCCUCGGUUGCAUAAUUUAAUUCAUACUGCUUCUGAAGUUGGAAAAGCCAAAUGCCCAACUCCUUAUGAAAUCUCAAAUUUUUACUUAGAAGCUGAAUAUAAGGAAAUAUUGUAG